AUGCCACCUUAUCAAACUGACGCAACAUUGACACAAAAAGUGCAAUUGACAUAUCAAACUUUACUUCACUCUACACAUAUGAGGAGUCGUUCUUUGUCUCUUGUAAAUGCUUAUUAUUUAGGUCAACUUAUUGAUGCUGUAACUAUUUCUUCUACUCAAUGGACGUUACAAAUGGCAUUUUAG